CUUCUAGAUACCGACCUUACACGCUUCACAACCCAAGUGUUCUUGAUUCCACUGACUUGCUUCAAACAGCAGACUAACCGUCAGAUUUUAUCAUGAAGGUUAUCAUUCUUAUUUGUCUUCUGGCUGCGGUACUUGGGGACGACAACCAAAGUGAUAGAAAAAGUUUCAACGGUCUUGACGAAAACAGAGAUGGGUUUAUACAGCUCCCGGAACUGCUGUCUCGUUUUGAUGAGAUUGACACAAACAACGACGGAAACGUGACGCUUGACGAGGGCUUAGCUAGUAAGCCACGAGAGAUGUCCCUGAAAGAAUUCCUGGCUUACUUCGACUUCUACGACAAACAAGAUGGCGCUGCUGACCAAAUGGUCUCUAAGAUAGCUGUUCUUCUCAGUUUCGUCACUAUGGACGCUAACAAUGACGGGAAAAUCUCAUUUAAAGAAUAUAAAAAGAGCCAUCUGCAGCUGCUCAGUGGUAUCAAAGAAAAGAUUGACACCUCAUCUGACACCUCAUCUGAGAAUUAACAUGCUCGCAGUACCACAUCCGGCAAGGGAGGAAACUGGUGUGUUACUCCAAACGAGCAACUAUCCUACUAACGGCAAGACAGGACAUAGGCUUCUAAUAAAAUUCAUAAUGUUUGAAAUAACGAUGGUGGCUAUUUUUAACUGGUAGUGGAUUAAAAUACACUAACACCAGACUAAUGCUACUCAUGAUAACGAAAAUCUUUUAUCAUGUUGCUUUUAAUCUGCGCUAAUAAUAAAAGAAGACGCAGCGAUGCAAGAAGAUAAUGAUGAUAACACCAUUUGUAUAAAAACAACAUUGAUGAAUUAUAAAUAAAAUCGUGUGAAGAAAA